AUGGCCAUUCAAAGAUGUCCAUUUGCUUCUCGUUUUAUUGAGGCAUACAUACACAGCCUUCUGUGGAAGCUAAAACCCGAAUUGAUAUUGCUAGCUGACGUGAUGAUAAACAACAACAACAAAACGGUGCCAAAAAAACUUGGAUGUAAUAUGAAUAUUGCUUUCAACAUGCCUCCAAGCAUGGAGCACAGAUUUUGCAAUUGUGUGUUUAGACAGGAUAGCUUUAAAAAAGGCUACCUAAAGACUUUACCAGCUGAAAAAGACUAUGCCAGCACAAUUCAAGAGGGGGAAAUAACUUACAGAGAAUCUAUUAAUGAAGUUUCCGAGCAUGGCACACGACGUAUCACUCGUAUUACCCAGAAAGCUGUGUAUUGUUGCAAGAUUAUAUUUAUUGUGAUACUAACGCAUGAAUUUCAGCUAAACUUCCUCAUCAGGAUCGUUAAUUCAUACGCUGUUAUUGGCAAGAGGACAAAUGUUCACCAAUUUAUCCCUAGGAUGUUCGUUGUAUCGCUCAAACCCAAAAAUACAAUAUCCGUACACUGGACCAAAAUUACGGGCGGUGCUGUGAAUAUGAAAGUAUAUGUCAAUGUUACAGUCAAUACAGAUAUUCAGAGAGUUCAAAACAAGUUCCAACAAGGAGUAGAUGACCACCUAGGGCUUUAA